GUGGUUUCAACCCGAUAUGUUGCGCAAGGCUACCAACUAUUCAAAUAAGGUCCAGGUCCCUCUUGAUCAACUGGUUCGGAGAAACCAUCAUCAACCCGCUUGCCGUGAAUGGUGACUUAUCAACUCGGUAAAAUAACUGCACCAAAGAAGAGUCGGCAAGAUGUCGAACCUCAUGCAUAAGAUCAGAGACGCCAUAACUGGUCAUCACAGCAAUGCCAGUUCUAGACAACACAGUCCCAACCCCAGCGCUGAAGACUCUAUCCCAGGUAGCGCAGGAAGAUACGAAUCUGGCAGUGGCUCCUAUGGGUCUGGAUACAGCCCUGGUGACUACGAACGCAGGACUGACACUUAUGGUUCGAGUGCCGGUGGUAGUAACGAUAGCAUGGGCAAUACUGGCAGUGGUGAUUAUGGGCCUGGAACGAAGAGGCAUAGUGUAUCUGAAACUGGGGAACGAGCCAGGCAGAGCUUCGGCGGUGCAGAAGGAGGCAUCAGCUACAAUGCCCGCAGAGAGGAUACGGAAGACUAUGCGUACAGUCCUACGAACAGGCUGGACUCUGGCAAGAUGGGUUCUCAUAUGAUGGGUCCGGACAACGUGCGCUUUGCUGGGACACAGCGCAACCACUGGUAGGUGGACCAUGUCUAGUGGCUCAGAAUUCUAGUCUUUUGGCCAAAUGGCCCAGCUGGCGAAGUCAUGAAUCUGUCUAGAUCCUUUCGAAGCACGCCUAGAGGGUAUUUGCAAUGGCUCUAUAGUCUCUCGCAAAGACCGGUUCCUUGGUUCGUCGCAGCUGGACGCUGAUUAGCAUUGAUGUUGUUGGCAUGCAGGAAACUAGUUAGUUUCUAAUCGAGGACUUUGCGUAGCACAUCUUCUCUCCAUGUUUCAGCCAUU